AUGUUCUCGGGCACAUCGGGCAUCACUCUGCCAGGGAGGAUUAGUACUCGUACCUUUGACAUCUUGACGGAACGGGGUCGCGUCUGGAAGCACCAAAGUGGCAACGCACCUUUGAGGGGAGGGGGAGAUGACCUCUGGCAUGUAGAAGUCAUCCUGGCCCCCUGGAUACCAAGUCGCGCCCACCCGCGGCUGACCACGACCCUGUGGCGGUCGGUUCAUCCGGUAGUCGGUCAUUUAGCUGGAUGGAUGCAGCAUGGGAUAGAGAAGGAGAGUCCGGGGGAGAAGGGUGGGGAGGAGAACAAGGGUCAAGAGAGCAGAGUAAAGGUAAUAAAUCAGAGGGAGCGGGGGCCUCGAAAGGCGAACCACAGCCCACUUUAA